UAAACUCAAUUAUAAUGCAUUGUGCAAAUAUAAUUUUCCAGUUUUUAUACUCAAACUUAAAAACUUCCACUCGCAAUGAUAGCGCGUAGAAUUUGAAUAUUCCACUCACCACGCAAUGCUUUGUACCGUCUCAAUCUCAAAUCCCUAAAUUCUGAAAUCGCCAAAACCCUAAACAUUCAACCUACCAAAUCUCACCGGAGUUUGCCCGGCGAUGGUGAUCCUUGAGCCGGAGAAUCGAACAGAUGCAGAUUCUCAAAGCCCCGAGUCAUCGGGAAACCCUUCCCAUUCCGAUCCGCAGAAGAAAACCAGGGAUUUGCCCAACUUGACCGAAUGUCAUGCGUGUGGCUUCAAGAUUGACAUGUGCACCGGUAAGAACAAACUCCGUCCCCUUUAUAGCGAAUGGCGUAUUGUUCUUUUGUGCAACAAGUGUUUUUCUUGUGUCCAAUCUUCCCAAAUUUAAAUGUUGCUCCUUGGUCCUAUUCUUGUUCGGGUUCUGAGUUUUCUGUAUGUGUGGAUUGCUGGGUUCCUAAACAUGUGGAAACUUCUAGGAAAAGAAGUAUAAGAAGUCUAAGAAAGAUAAAGAAUGGUGUGAUUUUGAAAAAGGGUAGGGUUGACUUAGAGAAAGAGAGUUCUAGGGUUUUUAAGGGUGGAAAAUUGAUCAGAUCUAUGGAGGAUGUGGUUAAAGAUGGUAACCGUAAGAUGAAGAGGAAGAUUGAAGCGGCCACUAGGACUAGAGAUGUGGCAGCGAAGGGAGCUGUGGUGUCUGAAAGGGCUGUUGAGCUGGCAAAUAGGGAAGAGAGUACUCUGAAUCUGCCUCCCCAAAUGGAUUCAGUUAAAUUUGUUGGGGGUUCGUAUUUGACUUUUGACUUGCAUUUGAAUAGCUCGCCGAGGGUUUCAAAGAGUCGUUGCUUGUUGAAUACAAGUUACUUGGAUGCUCCAAAGAAGUGGAUUUCUAGUGUUGAUUCAUCGUGCAAGACAUCAAACUCAAGGAAUGCCAGUGGUUCUGAUAAUAUCUUGGAUAGUGAUUCUUCAACUGAUUUGAGUUGUCCCUGCAUGGGAGGGAGUGACAUGAUAACUAGCGCUAAAGGUGGUGAAUGCACUGCUGAAUUUGGUGUUGAAGAGAUUGGGGAGGAGCUGUUGAAGGAAGGGGAGGGAAGUUGUUCUGAUCGGCUCAUAAACUUAAGCCGGGAAGAUUGUAGAUUGGAACUUGAUCGCAAGCAAGCUGAUUCUGCAUCUCACGGGGAAGAGCAGAAAGAUCGUUAUUUCUUGAAGUAUUUUAGGAGGAGGCCAGAUCGUUAUCAAUUGAAGUACAGUAGAAGGUCAAAUCGUUAUUUCUUGAAGUAUUGUAGGAGGAAAUCAGAUCGGUAUAUCUUGAAGUAUAGUAGGAGAAAUUGUUUAAAACCAACUCUUAAUAGCCUUGAGAGUCAAGAUUUGACUGUGUAGAUUCCAUUCAAUUGUUCUGUACAAUUGAGAACACAUAUCCAAUGCUUCAUGUCAUUCAUGUAAUGCUCCUUUACAAUAAUUAGCUUUUGAAAGCUGAUAUUUCAGAGAUCUGUCGUCAAAUGGAAUUGGUACAUAAUUGUUGUCUUGUUAUUGUUCUUAGUUAAAAUUUGAAGCUGUUGUUAUUCA